AGUCAUUUUCCACAUUCAAACAUUUCUAAAAACAACUAUAGUGUUUUUGAAUAUUUUUCAAAUUAAGGUUGAAUUUUCAAUGGCAUCAUUGUCAAGUUUUGUUACUUUGGUGAUUUUAAUUGUUGGAGGAAUAUUUGUUCAUGAAAUUGAAGCUGUUCCAAGAAGUUUCUUUGUAUUUGGAGAUUCAUUAGUUGAUAAUGGAAAUAACAAUUACUUGGCUACUACUGCACGUGCUGAUGCUCCACCUUAUGGAAUCGAUUAUGCUCCAACUCAUAGACCAACUGGUAGAUUCUCCAAUGGCUACAACAUUCCUGAUCUUAUCAGUCAGAGACUUGGUGCAGAGCCAACAUUGCCAUACUUAAGCCCUGAAUUAACAGGACAAAGGCUUCUAGUUGGAGCCAAUUUUGCUUCAGCUGGAAUUGGAAUUCUCAAUGACACUGGAAUUCAAUUUGUGAAUAUUAUAAGAAUGUAUAGACAAUAUGAGUACUUUCAAGAGUACCAAAAUAGGUUGAGUGCACUAAUUGGAGCUUCACAAGCUAAAGCUCGUGUGAAUCAAGCACUUGUUCUAAUCACUGUUGGUGGCAAUGAUUUUGUAAAUAAUUACUAUUUGGUGCCUUAUUCUGCAAGGUCUCGUCAAUAUCCAUUACCUGAAUAUGUCAAGUUUCUCAUUUCUGAGUACCAAAAACUUUUGCAGAAACUAUAUGAUUUGGGAGCUAGAAGAGUUAUUGUGACAGGAACAGGACCAAUGGGUUGUGUUCCUUCAGAAAUUGCUCAACGUGGUGUAAAUGGACAAUGUUCUACUGAAAUACAAAGAGCUGCAUCAUUGUUCAACCCUCAACUUGAAACCAUGUUAAAAGCACUCAACAGAAAACUUGGUAGAGACGUUUUCAUUGCUGCAAACACAGGAAAAACUCACCUUAAUUUCAUUAGAAACCCCGGUCAAUACGGUUUCAAAACAUCUAAAGUAGCUUGUUGUGGACAAGGACCAUACAAUGGUCUUGGGCUAUGUACACAACUUUCCAACUUGUGCUCAAAUAGAGAGGUGUAUGCAUUUUGGGAUGCAUUCCAUCCAUCUGAAAAGGCAAACAGGCUUAUUGUGAAUGAUAUUUGGUCUGGCACCCAAGCUUACAUGAGUCCAAUGAAUCUUAGCACUAUCUUAGCAUUGGAUGCUACCACAUGAAGAUAAAGUAAUAAUCUAAUUAAUAAAACCAAGCACAAGUAAUACUUGCCUUGGAUGUUAUAUUAGUUUAUUUAUGACAUUUCUAGCUCAUUAAUUGCAUUUUUAAUAUUGUUGUAACUUUGCUUUAAUAUAUCUAUAUAUGUGGUGCUCUUUAUGGUUGUGAAACAUAAUUCAUAAAAGAGAUAAGUUUCCUUUAUGUAGUCUAUGUAGUUUAUUUUCCCAUAUUGAUGCACCCUUUGUGUGGAAGCUAUAUCAAAAGUUUUAAUUUCUUGUAACUUGUUUUGAAAUAAUAUAAUUGAAAAAAAGUUUAGUUUUAUCCUCCAA